CCAAAACAUAACAAGAACUAAUUAGCCAAUCACCUGCCAAAGCUUAGGAAAAGUGCAUGUAUAUUUUCCAUUGCUAAUGUCCUUUAUUAAUUCAGUAUUCGCAACAGUAUUUUAUUGCCCAGCAUUUUAGCUAAUUAUUAUGACACGUACGACUGAGUUGCAGGGGUGCUGGUUGUCGAACUGGUUUUCUUCAGGGCGAUGGGUGUGGCACGUGUGGGCGUGUCCGGCCGCUUCCAUAUUCUCAGGGUAUUCUUCAUAGUGACUGCACUGCUGUUUGCUGGUAUUUUCCUGCUGAACCUCCUCACGCUCACCCAAUACCAUGGAAGACUUUUCGUUGGAUGAUGCUAUAGCUCAACAGAACUCUGGAAAUGCCCAGCAAUCCCAGGGUCAGGACCCAGGCCAACCACAACAGCAGCCCUGGCCUUGGGGCAACCCUCCACCAGCCCAGUAUCCAGGUUAUCCAGGUGCUCCACCAGGUCAGUAUCCAGGCUAUCCUGGUGCACAGGGCCAACAAUAUCCAGGGUCCUUCCCUGGCCAGCAAUAUCCCGGUUUCCCUGCACCAGGCCAAGGACAACCGGGAUUCCCUGCACCAGGCCAAGGACACCCAGGAUUCCCUGCACCAGGCCAAGGACAACCGGGAUUCCCUGCACCAGGCCAAGGACACCCGGGAUUCCCUGCACCAGGCCAAGGACACCCGGGAUUCCCUGCACCAGGCCAAGGACACCCGGGAUUCCCUGCACCAGGCCAUGGACACCCGGGAUUCCCUGCACCAGGCCAUGGACACCCAGGAUUCCCUGCACAAGAUCCACAUAAACCUGGAUUUCCAGGACAGCCAGAACCUCCUAAACCAUCCGCUCCAGUUCAGCUAAAAGUUCCAUUUGACCUUCCUCUGCCCUCUGGGGUCGUACCCCGCCUUAAGAUCACAGUUAAUGGCAAAAUUAACCCAAAUCCAAAGAGGUUUGUCGUUGACUUAAAAAAAGGCCAGGAUAUUGCCUUACACAUCAACCCACGUUUUCAUGAAAGACCCCAUGUUAUUGUGCGCAAUUCAAUGAUCAAUACCAAAUGGGGACCAGAAGAGCGACAAGCUCCAAAGUUUCCAUUUGCAGCAGGCCAGCCUUUUAAAAUCCAAGUUCAUUGUGAAGCCGACCAUUACAAAGUGGCUGUCAAUAAUGAAAUCCUCUUCCAGUAUUCCCACAGGGUGAGAGAACUACAUGAAAUAAAGAAUGUGCAUGUCUAUGGUGAUAUCACUUUAACUGAUGUUAACUACACCAUGGGCUGAGGAUUUAAGGUGUGGGAGAUGCAGAUUAGGGAUUUUGUAGAGUCCUUAGUAAUUGGCUCAGCCUUUAUGUCAAACUGUUAAUUCAACCAAUGAACUCUUGUACUUUUGUUACAGUAAGUCAUUACAUGUUUUUCUGGGUGGGUCUUAAAUGGAAAAUAAAAAAACGCAUUGUGAUACAAGGA